GAAAAACCAAAGGAAAUAGUUGACAUGCCAUUUCAUAAUAUGGAGGUGCACCAUCAUGAGUUGUGGAAUAUGUUGGGAAUAUGUUGGGAAUAUGUACAGAAUAUGCAUGGAAUAUGUCAUGAAAAACCAGAAUAUGCAUGGAAAAUCGUUACAGAAUUG